AUGACAAGGAACAAGUCUUCGGUGCCAACAGACGGCAACGAUCGUGAAGACGAUCGUCACAAUACAGUAGACAAUCCGACAGACGCGUUAGUAGGCGGUUCACGGACUAAUGCGAGCAUCGGCGGCGUUGUCGAAAUGAAACGAGGCCGUCGGUCGCGCAGCCGCCGAUCUAAGCGUAGGUCCAGGAAGUCGCGGAGUGGUCGCAGGCGGUCGAGCGGAACCAGAGGCGCGGACGAAGACGAGCAGGACAGUGGGGAGGAGGACUUGUCGGAUUAUACCGACCAGGAUCAGGACGACUACGAUGACGACGCGUCCAUGGACGCCGACGAUGAAACUGCCGAUGCGUCCGGCCAUAGGAGAAGAAGGGGUAGGAGGAGUAGAAGCCGGAAAGGUAGACGGUCGUCGUCUAAGAGAAGAAGACGAAGGAGGAUCAGUGGCCGACGACGUCAGGCUGCGGGUGACAACGAUGAGAACGCUGCGGUCGUAGAUAUGCAAGACCUCGCAUCGUCGUCCGACGACGUCGAAAUCACGAACGCUCGGAGAGGCCGUCGACGCCGUCGCCGCAGUAAUCGGAGGAGAAGGAGGUCCUCGGGUGGGCGAACGAUGCGCAGGCAGAGAAGAGUCCUCGCCGAAGAGUGUGGCGAGUCCACUGACGGCGAAUUAAGUUUAUCCGAUGACGCAACGCCAUCGAACGACUUAUUGAUAUCUACUAACCGCGGCGCUUCGAGUUCCCGAAAAUCUCGACGCCGUUCUGAUGGAAAAUCACAAAAGUCCUGA